GAAGAUACGCCAUAAACGAGGGCAGGGGGAAACAAGCGAAAGCUAAAAGUUUCGUUUAGCCUGCGUUUCGUGUCGCGUCACAGACUUGCUUGGCCUAUUUUUUAUUUUAUCGUAAUCUUAGUCACAAAGGAAGGUGUUGGUGUGAUAAAUAGGUGAAGUGUCUCUUACCGGGAGACCAGCGUAAAUAAGUGUGGUGAAAAAAAAAAAAGUAGCUAGCCAACGGGCCUACAUAUAUUCUUGUUUUUGUGACCAUGAGAAGAGGCUAUUCUUAUGGCGACAGAGGCCGCGGACGAGACAGACCUCAUUCUGCGCCAGUGGGUAAUUACAACAGUGGCAACCGUCCUAUGACGUUUGGGAACCCAGGUGACCGUCUCCGUAAAAAGAGAUGGAACCUGGACGAGCUGCCAAAAUUUGAGAAGAACUUCUAUACCGAGCAUCCAGAAGUCCAACGCUUGACUCAGCAAGAAAUGGAAGAGUUUCGUAGGAGGAAGGAGAUCACAGUUAAAGGCUCUAACUGUCCCAAAGCUGUCAUCACUUUUCAACAGGCACAGUUUCCACAAUAUGUGAUGGAUGCGUUGACACAGCAGAACUUUACAGAGCCCACAGCAAUCCAGUCUCAGGGCUUCCCUUUGGCUCUGAGUGGCAAGGACAUGGUGGGGAUAGCACAGACCGGUUCUGGAAAGACUCUGGCUUACCUACUGCCCUCCAUAGUGCAUAUUAAUCAUCAGCCCUACCUGGAGAGAGGAGAUGGGCCCAUUUGUUUGGUCCUGGCGCCAACAAGAGAGCUGGCCCAGCAGGUGCAACAGGUGGCUUUGGUGUAUGGCAGUUCUUCCAGAAUCAAAAGCACCUGUGUCUAUGGUGGAGCACCCAAAGGACCACAGAUUCGAGACCUUGAGAGGGGUGUUGAGAUCUGCAUUGCCACUCCUGGUCGCCUGAUUGACUUCCUGGAGUCAGGAAAGACCAACUUGAAUCGCUGCACUUACCUUGUGCUGGAUGAAGCUGACCGCAUGCUAGACAUGGGUUUUGAACCCCAGAUUCGCAAGAUUGUUGAUCAAAUUCGGCCGGACAGACAAACACUAAUGUGGAGUGCAACUUGGCCCAAAGAUGUCCGUCAGCUUGCUGAAGACUUCUUAAAAGACUACAUCCAGAUUAAUGUUGGAGCCCUGGAACUCAGUGCCAACCACAACAUCCUACAAAUUGUUGAUGUUUGCAUGGAAAACGAAAAGGAUCACAAACUUAUUCGGCUGAUGGAGGAGAUUAUGGCAGAGCAGGAAAACAAAACCAUCAUCUUUGUGGAGACAAAGAAAUCCUGUGAUGAACUGACAAGAAGGAUGCGGAGGGAUGGGUGGCCAGCCAUGUGUAUCCAUGGAGACAAGACCCAGCCAGAAAGAGACUGGGUACUUUCAGACUUCCGAAACGGGAAAGCUCCCAUUCUGAUUGCCACAGAUGUUGCCUCUCGGGGUUUGGAUGUUGAAGAUAUCAAGUUCGUCAUCAACUAUGACUAUCCCAACUCCUCUGAGGAUUACGUACACCGUAUUGGACGUACGGCGCGCAGCACCAACAAGGGCACGGCCUACACCUUUUUCACUCCGGGGAACGCACGCCAGGCCAGAGACCUUGUCCGAGUUUUGCAGGAGGCCAAUCAGGCUGUCAGCCCCCAGCUCCUUCAGAUGGUUGAGUCAUGCCAAGGAAGAGGAGGUGGAAGAAUGCGUUACCGUAGCAGCAACUCCCACAAUCCCAACAUGAUGUACCAGGAUGGGUGUCAUCGCCGCAUGCGCCAUGGAGAAGGAAACGGCGGUGGCAGGGACGGCCGCUUUGGUUACGGCCGCGGCGAGCGUACCAAUGCAGCCCACUCUUCCUCCUACAAUGACCGUAGCCGUGACGUCAGAAACAGCCACAGUUCAGAUCAGUACCAGAGUUACAGCGGCGGCUAUAAUGCCCCCGGCAGAGGCCAGUCUGCAAGUAAUGGAGGGACGGAUCAGUCGAGUCAGCAUCAGGGUCAGUUUGCCCAGCCUCGUCCUCCGUCUGUGCUACCAGGGGGGCCUCGGCCUCUCAUAGCUAAGCAGUUUGCUUCACCUCAGCCCCCGGUAAUGGGCUUCAUGGGGCGCCCGCCUUACCCUUUUAAGCCGCCUCCUCCCGGCCCUUCUCCCCGCUAAUCUGUACUACGUGUCAAUUAUAGAUUCCAGUUCUAUGUCUGCUUCCGGCUUUAGUUUCGCCCUGUAGUUCAGGGCUACGCUGAAAUAUCAUUGCAGCAAAACAAUUUGCAAAUGCGUACCUCAAUCUGUGUGUAUGAAAUCCACGUGUCUGUUUUGAUUUGUGCGUCUUCGUUUAGAUUUUUGUGUGUAAUAACAAUUAGCUUAUCCAUGUUGCGAUUUGUGUGUUUUGUUUGGAUUUGUGUUUGUGUGUGUGUAAACAAAACAUCUGUGUGUCUGCGUUAAAGUCUGUAGGUCUGUGUGGUGGGCCGUGCGUUUUGCAGCUAGGCCUUCAGUGAUGUCCGACUUCAAUAAUUACCUCUCAAAAUACCAUCAUUUAUGUCACCACAUGACCAUUGCUGGAGAAAUACUAUACAGAAACACAUUUACGCCCUACUUUGUAUUGAAUCACAUAAACAGUAUACAAAACGGGUUCUUUUCUGGUGCAUUUAAAAAACAAUUAAAAUGCAUCAGCAAUUAAAACAUAUCUUAUGUGGUAGUGUCAAAAUUAAAAUUGCAAAAAACAUUAAAAGUGAAAAAAUUUUAUAUUUGAAGUCACAAUUUAUUAGAACCUUUUUGAAGCCGUACAAACCAGUGGUACCCCUCGUCGUUGGCUUAUUCGAGUGGAAAUGACAGGCCUUUCCUCAUUUCAUCGCCAGAACAGCUGACGGGGUUGGCUGACAUCGUUUCGCAAGAUGUAGAUUUUCUUUAAAUAUCCUUCUUUAAAAUGGCCUUGCAAAUAUAUAUCUGCCCCCUAAUCAACAUUUUGUUCUGCUUCUCUGCUAUCCCGAUCUGGCUAUGGCGCACACUUCCCGGUUCCUGCUAAAUUGAAACUUGUAAAUGCAUACUGACUUUUGAAUGCCAAGUGGGUAUCAAAUAACAGCGAUUAACAUGAGGCUACUUAUAUAGGCUACUGUCAACAAUUUGUGAUCUGAUUGGCUAUUGCAACUGUCAAUAAACUCUAUAUGUUUUCAAAUUCAUCCACUAACGGUCCGAUGAGUAUCCAAUUACAGGACGCGUAAAUGUCACUUUUAACCUUAGACCAUCAACAAGGCGUUACUGACAACAACUUGUGAUCGGAUUGGCUAUUGCAACUCUAUCAAUUGUAUAUUCCUGUUCACUUGCAGUGCACGGAUGUCCACAUUGUUGAUUAUGAAGGCCUCUGGCACAUUUGGUGAAGCAUGGCAACAUAAGAUAGCUGAAUUCUGAUUUGAAACAAACUAAAACUAAAAAAAACAGCACUGGAACAAGGAGAAUAUGAAUACUUUUGGAUAUUUAGGGAAACUAAAUUUAAAUUUUUUUUUUAUCUUUAAUUAUGAUCAUUAUUUCUGAUUAGGUUAGGCCAGUAGAGAAGGCCUUGCUGGCCCUAACGGCACACCACUGCUGUGUAUAUAUUUGUGUGUGUAAAAAAAAUAUGUGUGUCUGUGUUCAAUUUUUUGUUUUAUUAAAUUUAACUUUUGCUACACUUCUAUCGAGGCAGGUGUGUGCGGGUGUGUGUGCAGUAAACUGUAGGUGUAGAAAAGAUUUGUCUCGUUGGCGCCUAGAAUCCAGCGAUGAAGUUAGCUUCCGAUACAAGUAAUGGCCGAUACGGAUAGUCGACAGCAGACUGAUACUCUUGACCUAAAAUUACGUUUCAUUGAAUAAUUUGUCACUGCUGUGGUGCAUAAUAACAAAAAACAAAAAUGUAACCAAAAUAGGAAUAUAAAUGUGGCAUUAAAAAUCACAACUAUUUGUAAAACUUUUCAUCAAUGGGUAAAAUUGAAAUUAUGUCACAUUAAACCCCUUAAUUCAGGUCCAGUUUAGAAUCAACUUCAUCUCAAAUCUGGACAAGAUUAUCCCACAGUUUGUGAAAAUGAAAAAAAAACACAAUUUGUGAUUUGGGAAACCUCUAUUCUAUUUUUGAUAUGAAUUGUAGUUUGUGUUUUCAGCAGUGUAAAACUGGAAUGUGUGAUAUUAAACCAAUAACAGUCACUGCACGAAAAGAGACCUGAUUGAUCAGGUGAUUGUCAGUAGAAUAAUAUGUUUAAUAUAGAAUACUAACAAGGCAUUAUUUAAUGAUUAUAACAUUUUUAUUUAAAUGUCAGUCAGGUAUCGACUACUAUUCGAAUUGGUCAGAAAAUAAUAUAAUUAUAAACAAAAGCAUACAGGUAGCAAAACGGACAUAUGUUUUGUUUACAAACACACAAAUCCAAACCGGCACACAGAACGUGUACAAAUGGAUUACACGCACACACAUUGAGAUAAGCAUUUGCAAAUUGUUUUGCUACAAUAAUAUAUUUUCGUAUGGUUUUAUGUUUUUAAAAUCACCUGCAUGCAUGAGAUUUAUUUGUCUGUGCAUUGAUUUAGAAACCUAUGAUAUUUGUUUUUUUAAAAUAGAGUAGAUUGAAUUCAGUCUUUUGGGAGGGUGAACUGGUGGUCAGCAUAUUAAAAGUAUAGUACGAGCCGCCCAAGGGUUAAUUAGGGCCCUAAGCAGAAAUUUAUGUGGGUUAGGGUCAACACUUCGGCACCAAAUAAGACCAGAAACAAAAUGGUGCAUCCUGAAAAGACGGUCAGAGAGCGGGUUGAAGAUGAUCUUUAAAACAACCUCUGCAAAAUGUUGAACCACCAUUACAAGUUUUGUACAACACAAGGACGUGUUUUAAAUGUAGACAAAUAUCACAACAUGACCCCCUUUAAAGGGGAACUUCCCUUUUUUGGGAAUUACCUAUCAUUCAUAAUCCUUAUGUAAGACAAGAACACUUUUUUUUUUUUUGAUGCGUUGUAAUUAGAGAUGUCCGAUAAUAUCGGCCGAUAAAUGCUUUAAAAUGUAAUAUCGGAAAUUAUCAGUAUUUUAUUUCAACAGUAUCGGUAUCGGUCUCAAAAAGUAAAAUUUCUGACUUUGUAAAAUGCCGCUGUGUAGUGACAAGUACAGAGCGCCAAUGCAUUUGUGUGCCGGCCCAAUCACAUAACAUCCACGGCUUUUCACACACACAGGUAAAUGCAAGGCAUACUUGGUCAACAGCCAUACAGGUCAAACUGAGGGUGGCUGUAUAAACAACUUUAAAACUGUUACAAAUAUGGGCCACUAUGUGAACCCACACCAAACAAGAAUGACAAACACAUUUCGGGGGAACAUCCGCACCGUAACACAAACAUAACAAGUGGGGCGGUAUAGCUCGGUUGGUAGAGCGGCCGUGCCGGCAACUUGAGGGUUGCAGGUUCGAUCCCCGCUUGCACCAUCCUAGUCACUGCUGUUGUGUCCUUGGGCAAGACACUUUACCCACCUGCUCCCAGUGCCACCCACACUUUAAAAAAAAUGUUAAUUAGAUAUUGGGUUUCACAAUGUAAAGCGCUUUGAAUCACUUGAGAAAAGCGCUAUAUAAAAUAUAAUUCACUUCAAUUCACUAAUUCAAAUACCCAGACACCCUUACUAACUCUUCCGGGAUGCUACAAUAUACAUAUAGAGCGCUUUACAGUCAGAAUAGAGAGACUCAUGGGCUCCAUUGUUAGCUUAGUUUUGCAAACGUUUAAUUACAAGUUAAAUUGCAUUAAAAAAAGAAAAACGUGUGAUUGUCUUACAAAAGAAUUAUGAAUGAUAGGCAAAAUUUCACAAAAAGUGCACAUCCCCUUUGACAUCAUUAAUACACAAAUCUAACACGAGAACGACAGAGUUUAAGGGGUAAAUUUAGCAUUUUAGUCUUACCAGUGGCGGAGCAGGAUUUGGCUGAGAUAAGUUUUUGGUAAGAUUUUGUACUAGGUGCCCUGGCAUUCGUCAAGUAACAUUUUCUGUUUUUCUUCCUACAAAACGGGGCCCUAGUGUAGUGCAGUAUUUACAAAGUGCUUGUCUGACACCUCACAUUUUUUAAUUAUUACCGCAAAAAUACUUUUGAAACAUUGUGGCGGAGUGCGACAUGUUGGCAAACUUUUCUGAACGAAGGGGAGUAUCCUGAUCCUCCUAGUAACUAAUACAUGUCUGACCUGGAUGAGGGCUGUGUUUGGGAUUAAGCAGCCUUGGUGCAGGUUUGGGGAGUCUCAUUCUCUGGGAGCUUUUUUUUUUUAUUACAGAUUUAAGUUCUUCUGAAUUUUUCUGAGCACCACAUGUUGUAUUAAAGUGAAGGUUGUGCUCUCUGAUGCACUAUUGUCUAUACAUCAACCAUACAUUUAAACUAAUACUUAGCAUGUGCUAUUAUUAAGUCUUGCAUGUUUUUGUUACUUUCAUUUGUGUAUUAACCCUGUGUAUUUUUGGAUAUCAUUUCUAUGAUGAGAUGAUUUGAUACAAGCUCUGCACACACUGUGUGUUUUCACUCUUUAGGGCUAACUGGAAUUCUGCUCUUGUUGGGCCUCACAAUAGUAGGACUGUUUGGGUUUGGGACAAUGUCCAGGUGAGGUCAGUAUAUCUGCCCGUCAAAUGUUUUUGGAUGACACAUUUGGCUUCAAAUUGGUGACCACAAGUCUGCUUGUAUUGUUUCAGUGUGUUUAAAUCCUACAAUGUUACAAUCUGAUGAUACAGUGUGUUAGAGCUCUUUCUGUAUACAAGUGCAUCACAAUACAUUGUAAAUAUACUUAAAAUGUUGAUUUGUUUCAAUGGUUCAAUUAAAAAAAAAAAUGUUGAUGUGGUA